GCGCUGCGCCUCGGCCUCCCCUACGACGCAGGGGGGGGCCCCGUGGGCUAUGAAGCCUCCCGCGUGUCCCUCCCGGCAGCUGGGUCUGCCCCGACUCCGCUCGCUCGGCUCUGGGGAUCCGGCGGGGAAAGCACUGUUGCACGCUUUGCUGAGUCGCAAGUUUUGCCCACCGACGUGGCUCGAACGAAAUUAAAGGACUCGGGCCCCCUUCGGCCCUACGGUGACCCUCGCCUCCACUCCCCCUCUCUGCACGGCGAAUUCAUUCAGCGAUUGGUCGAGGCUGGCGUAGUCGAGUUGACGCUCGAGCGAGCUACCGAGGUGGUGGAUUGCUUCUUUGUAAAGAAGGGGGGCGGCAAGCAGCGCCUGGUCGUCGACUGUCGACGGUCUAAUCAGCAUUUCGAGCCGCCCGCCCCUGUCAGCUUAGUGUCUGGCGAUACCCUCGCCCAGGUGCAUGACGACGAAUCUUUCGGUCAGCCCGUGUUUAUCGGCCAGGUCGAUAUAAAAGACGCUUUCUAUCACAUGGAGCUCCCGGAGGGGCUCCGCCAGUUUUUCGGGCUGCGUAAAAUUCGGGCCUCGUGGGCGGGCAUCUCUCAUGUCCAGGGCGUCCGGGUGUCCCCGGGGACCUGGGUCACCCCUCGGAUGCGAGCCCUGCCCAUGGGCUGGCCCUGGGCCCUCUGGUGGUGCCAGGCGAUCCACGAGCGGGCGGCCGAGGAGGGAGGAUCCCCUGCUGCAGCCCGGCUCGCGGACGGGGACUUGGAGCGCCUCCUGGGCCAUCUGUGCUUCAUCGGCCUGUGUAGGCGAGAGUCGCUCAGCGUCUUCAAAUAUUGUUACAGGUUCUGUGAGGAGCUCGACAUCUGGGACCGUAUCGCCCCGCUCAUCUGGGUCAACACUUCAGCGGGUACCUGUCCGGACGUCGUCGUGGUGGACGCGUCGCCGUGGGGCCUUGGGGCCGUUCGGGGACGACCUCCGGUGGCCCUGGUCAAGGAGGCCUGCCGUCACUCGGAGCGAGCUGGGGCUCGGGAGGCGGCCCGGGAGGGGCGGCCACCCCGUGAGCGCGCUUUCGCCGCGGCCGCUGCACAGCUGCACGGGGGUGAAGGGGAGGCCGACAGGCGGAUCCUGAUGGAGCUCGUGCGGCCCCAGUCUCGACACGACCGACCCGAGAGCGAGUUCGACCGCCGGCACCGGAAGCCGUUCGAGGACGUCCCCUUGGACCUCUUGAGGGCCCCCUGGAGGGUGUGCGGGAGGCAGAGGUGGAAACGGCCCUCGACGUCUAUGCCGGCCCUGGAAGCGGAGGCGCUUUUGUACGGGGUUCGCCACCUCCUGAGGUCCGUCGCCAACUUGGGCUCGAGGCUGCUCGUGAUAGGGGACUCGAUCUCCGCCUCCCUGGCCGCCACGAAGGGGCGGUCCUCCUCCGAUGGCAUGCUCUCGGUGACCCGCCGACUGGGCGCCCUGCUGUUGGGGACCGGCAGCCUCCUGCGGUCGCGCUGGAUCGCGUCGGAGCUCAACCCUGCGGACGGGCCGUCGCGCGGCCGUCCGGCGCCGAGCGACCCGCUUGCCGGCCUGCGGCGCGAGCUCGCGGCCGCCGCCGACGAGGGCCGCGAUGCUGGCGCGCGGCAGGUCCGACAGGCCCAGAUGAGUUUGCUUCGGAGGGCCUCGGUGUCGGCGAAGACGCAGGCCCAGUACUCUCUCUACCUGGCCGCCCUGCGCAGGUUCUGCAACUCCCGCGGGGACCACCCGAUCACCGAGGAGGAGUGGGACAACGCCACCGCGGGCUUGAUGGAGAUCAUGUUCAUGGAGGGCGGCUCGUUGAGCGCGGGCGAGAAGCUCCUGGCGUCGGCGCAGUGGGCCGAGCCCCGCCUCGGCAGGCUGGGGGGCGGGCGGAUGCCCAUCUGUCGGCAGUGCCUGCGAGGCUGGCGCCGUGCUGCCCCGGCGGGGGACCGCCUGCCCCUGCCCUAUGACGUGGUGGCGCUGCUGGCGUGCUGGAUGAUCUGCCAGGGGCUGAGACCCCACGCGCUGGCGAUCCUCAUGAUGAUGGAGCUGUACUUGCGCCCGGGAGAGCCAUUCCUGCUACGGGGCCGCGACGUGGCGGCGGGGGCCUUCAGCGGAGCCCGCGAGUGGACCCCCACAUCGGUCCUCCUCCACCCGUUCGAGAUGCGGACCCCGUCCAAGAGCCAGGAGUUCGACCAGACGAUCGUCCUCGACCUCGACCGGCAGGCGGCGCUCGCGGACGCCCUGGUGCAGCUGGGGCUGGAGCGCAGCGAGGGGCCCUUGCUGGAUGUGUCGCCCAGCGCCCUGCGCCGGGCCCUGGACGAGGCCGCGGCAGCCUGGCGCCUGGGGCCCCUCGGGCCGCUCGACGCCUACCGCUUCCGGCACGCGGGGGCGAGCGUCGACUUCGCGACCGGCGCCCGGCGGCUGGAGGAGAUCCAGCGCCGCGGGCGGUGGCGGUCCGCUCGGAGCCUCCGCCGCUACGAGCACGGGGGGCGACUGGCCGACCUCCUGCGCCGCCUGCCGCCCGACGUGCAGCGGGCGGCGGAUGCCAUCUUUGGGCCGCUGAGGGCGCCGACCAUCGCCGUGUUCCUCGAGCUGUUCGCGGGCUCGGGCCACCUGUCCGACGCCGUGGAACGGGGAAAUGUCCCCACCUUGCGUUGGGACAUCUUGUACGGCCCCGCCUACGACCUGCGCGACCCCAGGAACGCCCGCCUCAUUCGGGGCUGGAUACGGGCGGGGCUCGUCUGCGGCCUGCAUGCUGGCUUUCCCUGCGAGACCUUCUCGCGGGCACGAGACCGCCCCAACGGCCCCCCGCGGCUCCGGUCCCAGGAGCACGUCUGGGGCCUGCCCAGUCUCCCCGUCGGGGGCGCCGACUUCCAGAAAGUGAAGUGGGGCAACUUGUACGCGCGGCUCACGAUAUCCUUCUGCGUGCUGUGCUGCCAGUGUUUCGUCCCCUGGUCCCUCGAGAACCCCGCGCUGAGCUACGCGUGGCAGCUGCCGCCGAUGCUGUCCCUGCUCCAACGCCGGCAGGUCACGUCCCAGGUGAUCGAGUACUGCCGGUUCGGGGCGCCCUGGAGGAAGAGCACCAAGAUCGUUGCGUUUCUCCUCGACCUGGCGCCCUUGGCCAAGUUCAGGUGUGUGGGGCCCGUCUGCGUCCUCACAGGGCAGAGGCAUCAGGAGCUGUCCGGGAAAGACGCCUCGGGCAGGUUCCGCACCAAGUUGGCGGAAACAUAUCCUCGAAAGCUCUGCAACAUUCUCGCCAGAGCGUAUGCGGAUGAGAAGGCCAGGUCCCGGGCUGGGCAGUUCUCCGCUCUGAUAG